UGAAAGUGCAUUAAAAUAAUGAGUUUUGCUAACAAAGUGUUACUAGUAACUGGUGCUGGAUCAGGUAUUGGAGCAGGAACUGCUAUUAAAUUUGCAAAAGAAGGCGCCAACGUGGCAAUCGUUGGCCGAAAUGUAGAUAAGCUAAAGAUAAUUGCAGAAAAAUGCGAGAAAAUUGGACCCAAACCCUUAAUAAUACAAUCAGACGUGAGUCAUGAUGAAUCAGCGUCCAAAAUUAUUAACGAAGUAAUUGCAGCAUUUAAAAGAUUAGAUGUUUUAGUAAACAAUGCUGGUGUAUUGAAAUUUGGAACAAUAAUGAAAGGGAACUUAUUAGAAGCCUACGAUACAUCAAUGGCUGUUAAUGUACGCGCCCCAAUUCAUUUAACAGCAAUAGCCGCGCCACAUCUCGUCAAAACUAAGGGAAACAUCAUUAAUAUAUCUAGUCUGGCGGGCACAGCAGCCCCAGAAAAGCCACCAACCAGUGCCUAUCACAUCUCAAAAGCUGCUCUUAGCCACUUUUCGCGAUGUGCAGCGUUAGAACUCUCUAAACAUGGAGUAAGAGUCAACACUAUAAGUCCUGGCCCAGUUAAAACAGAUCUUAUGGAUAAUGCUGGAAUCGGUCAUGUUAAGUUUGAAGAUAUGGCUAAAACCUUACCCUUGCAAAGAGUGUCUGAAGCGGGGGAAAUUGCUGAUCUUAUUGCAUUUUUGGCGAGUGAUAAGGCCGUAGGUAUUACGGGGACAGAGAUAUUUGUUGAUAACGGUUAUCUUUUAAGACAUGGAUAAUUUUUAAUUAUAAAGAUGUUAUUUUACUUA